CAAUUGGACAGCAAACCCCUGUCACCAGCUUGACAUCAGCAUUUUGUCGCAAAGGACACUUGCUGGCUGACGAGAGGAAAAAAAGGGCAUCGAGGAAAACAGCCAGCCGGGACGCGACGGGCACCGACCGCGCAUCGCCUCGUCCUUUCUUGCCAGAAAUACACUCACCACUCCUUCCCACGAGAAUCACUGUAAUUACCACGUCUGGGCGCCGCUCCUUCCGCCCUCGUUGCGCUUUGUCGAUUUGCGCUCGAGGCCACGAUCCGCGCCCACCGCACCACCCCGCCGGAAAGCCGGGCUCAGGCAGACGCUCCACGCAGCCCACCCUGCCAUCGCCGCCCUCUUUCUCCAGCUCCCAACAGCUGCAUCGCGUACCAACCGCCAGACUUCUAGGCCAGGCAUCAGUCGACCAGGUGUCCAGCAUACUGUACCUGGUAUCUAUACCGUACCAGCAGAGCACUAGCGAGACCCGCACAAAUCGAGUCCGCAAAUCGAACCCCCUCCUCCCGGGCGUUCCGGCCUGCUGCCACGAUGGCGCGACACUUCUCGCGCGCCAGGUUCCUGGCUGUCGCGGUGGUGUUCCACGUCGUCUACAUCCUGUCCAUCUUUGACAUUUAUUUUGUCAGCCCCAUCGUGUCGGGCAUGCGCCUCUUCCAGAUCCCAAGGGAACCCACAGCUCGCGCACCCGCCGACCGUUUGGUUCUUUUCGUUGGCGAUGGCCUCCGCGCCGACAAGGCCUUCCAGUCCUUCCCCGAACCGUACCCCAAGACGGACGCCGACCUAACGCCGAGGCCCCUGGCGCCUUUCCUGCGGUCACGCGUGCUAGAGCAUGGCACGUUCGGGGUGUCGCACACGCGGGUGCCCACCGAGUCGCGCCCCGGCCACGUCGCGCUGAUCGCCGGGCUGUACGAGGACGUCUCGGCCGUUACUACCGGCUGGAAGCUCAACCCGGUCAACUUCGACAGCGUCUUCAACCGCAGCCGCCACACGUGGAGCUGGGGUAGCCCCGACAUCCUGCCCAUGUUUGAGCAGGGCGCCGUCCCCGGCCGCGUCGACGCCGACAUGUACGACGCCGCCUUUGAGGACUUCUCCAAGCAGGACGCCUACCACCUCGACACGUGGGUCUUUGACCACGUCAGGGACUUUUUCGCCGAGGCCCGCCGCAACGCCACCCUCGCCGCCCGCCUGCGCCAGGACAAGAUCGUCUUCUUCCUCCACCUGCUCGGCAUCGACACGGCCGGUCACGGCUUCCGUCCCUACUCCAAGGAGUACCUGCACAACAUCAAGGUCGUCGACGAGGGCGUCAAGGAGAUUACGGCCUUGAUAGAGGACUUUUAUGCCGACGACCGCACCGCCUUCGUCUUCACCGCCGACCACGGCAUGAGCGAUUACGGCAGCCACGGCGACGGCCACCCCGACAACACCAGGACCCCGCUGGUGGCCUGGGGCUCUGGUGUUGCCAAGCCCGUCCUGCACCCCGCCGGUGCCGUCGUGCCCGGCCACGAUGAAUACUCUUCAGACUGGGGCUUCGAUCAAGUACAGCGUCACGACGUAGCCCAGGCCGACGUCGCCGCUCUCAUGUCCUUCCUGAUCGGCGUCGAGUUUCCAGCCAACUCGGUCGGCGAGGUGCCCCUGCCCUUCCUGUCUGCCCCCAUCGCAGAGAAGGCAGAGGCCGCACUGACCAACGCGCAGGGCAUCCUGGAGAUGUAUCGUGUCAAGGAGGAGAUCAAGCGGGCGGGGGAGCUGCGCUUCCGCCCGUUCGGCCCGUUGCGCGGCGAGGAACACGGCGGUGGUCGCGUCGCCGCAGAGCGUGUGGCCGAUAUCCGGAAGCUGUUGGAUGAUGCCCGGUACGAGGAAGCCAUCGAGGAGUCAGCGGCCCUGGUCCGCGUGGGGCUCGAAGGCCUCCGCUAUCUCCAGACGUACGACUGGCUCUUCCUCCGCGCUCUCAUCACCAUUGGCUACCUUGGCUGGAUGGCGUAUGCGCUGACCACGGUCGUGGACGCGCACGUACUGCAUGGGCGCGUGGCUCCCGCGAGGGAUGCGACCGGCGUCGUUGUCUUCUCGUCGGUGCUUCUGGUACUCUACGCCUCCUUCAUCAUGUCGGGCUCGCCGCCGACCUACUACGCAUAUGCCUUCUUCCCCGUCUUCUUUUGGGAGGAGAUCUAUGCUCGGCGCCAGAGCCUCGCCGAGGGCCGGCGGGUGCUGUUCGCGCACAUCAAACCCGGCGCGAGCCUGCUGUCGUUUCUCAUCAACACGGCCAUGUACAUUGGCGUAAUCGUGUCUCUGGCGCUCGGCUACAUCCAUCGUGAGGUUCUUACGGGCAUUUACAUCGUCGGUUCGUUCUGGCCGGCCACCUAUGGGCUGGGAUUCUUGCGAGAGCACGCGACUCUUUCCGUCACUUGGUUCAUCUCUUGCCUGGCCAUGAGCACUUUUACUCUGCUGCCGGCCAUGAAGCUGGAGGACUUGAACCUCAUCCUUGUCGGCGGCGCCUUGAUGGUGGUAACCGGCGUCGCAUACCUGGUUUUCGAGAAUUGGGUUCUGUCCGACUUCUCAUCUUCCAAGACGACGACAGUAUCCCAUGUCGGGCGCCCCAUCAACCGGUCUCUGGUAGGCGCCCAGGUAGGACUUGUCAUGCUCUCCAUGUUGAUUACCCGGUCCAGCGUGCUAUCCUUACAGGCUAGACAGGGCCUACCUCUCGGGAAUCAGAUGGCUGGGCUGUUUGUUCUGUUCACAUCCCUCUUUAUGCCUGUGGCGUAUAGGAUACAGCCCAACAACCACUACUUGCAUCGCCUUGCUGUCAUCUUCCUCACAUUUGCACCUACUUUUGUUAUUCUGUCCAUCUCAUAUGAGGGCAUUUUUUACGUGGUUUUCAGCGUCACGCUGGUGGCAUGGGUGCGCCUAGAGCACGCGGGGCACACCUACACCCUACAGCCAGGGACCCCCGAGGCCACCAACGGGCACGCGGCCACCACGACGGCCGCGACGGGCACGCAGGGCGCCAAGGCGGAGGCGCCAUCCAAGUUCCGGCCGCUCAUGGUCAAGGACGCGCGGGUGGCGCUCUUCUACCUCGUGCUCAUCCAGUCGGCCUUCUUCAGCACGGGCAACGUGGCUUCGGUGUCGUCCUUCAGCCUCGAGAGCGUGAACCGGCUACAGCCCGUCUUCGACCCGCUGACGCAGGGGGCGCUCCUGAUGGUCAAGCUCAUGGUGCCGUUCGCGCUCGUGUCGGCCAACGUGGGGAUCCUGAACCGGCGGCUCGGCAUAACACCGUCGGCGCUCUUCAUGGUCGUCGUGGCCGUCAGCGACGUGCUGACGCUCUACUUCUUCUGGGUCGUCAAGGACGAGGGGUCGUGGCUCGAGAUCGGGUCCACUAUCAGCCACUUCUUCAUCGCGAGCCUGCUGUGCGUGUUCCUGGUGCUGCUCGAGGGCGUGAGCGCGCUGUUUGUAUCCGGCGUCGAGGUGGCGGGAACCGAGGGCGCGGCGGGGGAGAGCAAGGGGGCCGUUCGGCAAGAAAAGGAGGAGGAGCAGGCACUGUUGGCUGGCGAUGACGAGGUGGCUACGAUGCCUGCUGCCGCCUCUUUGGGGGACGACGAGGGCGCGAGCGCUGCCGAGGGGAUGGGGGAUGAGAAGAAAGAGGGGGCUAAUGAGGGGGCGGCGGUCGUCGAAGACGCGGUAGUCGUCGAGUAAUCACGGGGUGACGUUUGGAUCACGGUUGUUGAUCGCAUUCUUCCUUUGUUUUUGUAUACUGCGAAGAGAGCGCGGGUAAUGACGAAUAAAAACACAUGAGUAUUGAAGCUAUUUUUUUUUUUUCGCCUCUUCUAG